AUGUCAUUGUGUCCGCACCAGCUCGUCCGUUCCCGCCUUAACGGGCUCUCGCCGGCACAAUGUAGGAACCCCGGCCGCUGGCCUCGGAGGUCGGGACCGUCGAACACUGGAUACCGACUCCAAGAUGUCUCGAGCUAUGCGACCUCGGUUAGAGAGCCUGGCAGCGAAGCGCACGAUUUCACGGCACCCUCGCGAUUACAACCGACUGCCAGCGACGAGCCGUUAGAAAGUUCCGACUUCGGCAACCGUCAAAGAACCGCCGAGGAAUCAGGCCAGACAGGAAACGAGCAGUCGGGCAAUGCAGCCUCUUCACAGCAGCAAAAAGGUCGUCCACGAAAGCACACCACUCCGCCACUGACGCUGAAGAGGGUCCGCGCAAUCAUGCAGGCAGAAGGCCAUAACAUCAGAUUCGCGCCCUCCGUGCUCCGCCGGCUCAAUGCCCAAAUUGAAUCAACAGACCGAUUUUUAAGCUCGAAAGCAACAUACCUGGCGACAGUCAUCAAGAGCAACUCGCUCUACACGCGAGAGCUGGGUCUCGUUCAAUGGAAGUCGGCUUAUGAGGAGAUCUACAAAGCAAAGCACUACCAGCGUGCGGUACAAAAUGAAGCCGUUAUACCGGCACUGAAGGAGGAGGGACAAGCACUGCUUGAAAAGAUCCAGGCGGACUGUUCUGGAAGCUUUCGGGACGCCUGGCAGGCCAUGACACGGCGUGACAAGGCCAGUGCCUGGCAGCGCUUGGCCUUUUGGCUGCUGCAGAAUGAUCCAAAACUUUUUCUGGAAUUCCUGGUUGUUACAACGGAGGGCACAGAGAAGCCGGACUUCACCAUGGUUGCCGACUGCCUCCUGUACAUCGACAACUUUUACUAUGCAGAUUGGCUGAAGGAUUGGAAGAGCAGUACUCACACCUACGAAUCGCUGGUCGAGUCUUGUUUGAACCCGAAGGAUUGGCCCAUUAUUUCUGUGCCGCAAAGGGGUGUCCGACUUUAUAUUCGACGAGCUAGCCAUGAAGACGUGACCUCGGCCCUUAAUAUGGCAAAAGGAAGAUCUGUUGAGAUGACAGCAGAGACUGCCCUGUGUUUCAUGUGGCGGUUCACGGAAUUUGAAGAUGUGGAUAAUGCACUCAAAGCUCUCGAGUACAUUCCCAUCCUCAAAAACCCCGAAUUUACAUUGAACUCCCAGGGAGUCCUCCGGCAUUGCUGCAAGCUGUUGACUCUCGACGGUGUGGAGGAAGGCGACAAUGGACGCAAUUUCAAGAUUCUCCCACGACUUCUGAAGAUGGGCGUUCGGCCUGACCGGGAUAUGAUGAACCUUGUACUGUCCAAUGCUUACAAGACUGGCGACUCGCAACUUGGUGCCGACAUGCUUCAAUUCAUGAAGAGUCACGCCUACGACUUCGACUCUUACACCUACUUGACUCUUUUAAACGAAGCAGUCAAACGUGGGGACCGGGGCCGAGUUGACAGUCUGAUCCAUGAAGUCGAGGCAGAGGAUGGACUCCGCAGCAACCCAUUCAUCGCCAACAAGAUCUUCCAUUCCCACUACGUUUUCACCGCCAAGCAUAUGGAUGUGGACGCAGACCCCUCAGGAGUCUUUUACUCUAUGCUUGAUAUGUACAACACCUUACACGACAUCACCCCCUUGAAAGACCUCUUCAUCAUCCCGCCUCAAUAUACGCCUCGACCAGGAGGCUCUAAUACCCCGCCUUCUCCCAUCGCUCUGUACAUUAUGAUCGCAACCUUUUUCCGCUGCCAGAACCGUCUCACAACUGUGCAGCGCAUUUACAACCGAUUCCGUGAAUUGGUGAAGCAGGGUCACCCAUCUAUCGCUCCUCUCGCGGAGACCGACCACACUUACAAUGAGUUCCUCGUUGCUAUGCGUGAUAAUCCUCGCUCACUGCGGUUAUGCGUACGCCUGGUGGAAGACAUGCUUCAUCCUCCUAAACUUCCGGUAAACAGCUCCACUGGAGAGGCCAUGAUCCAUGCGAAGCCCAGUGUGCGCACCUGGACCAUCUUGCUGAGCGCCUUCAUCUACCAUCGGCAAACCCAAGCCGCACAGAAAAUCAAGGAGAUGAUGGCCAAACAUCAAGUCAAGUAUGACGAUUCCACUUGGAACACCAUCAUCAGUGGCCACGUCAACGCGCAGAAUGUGCCGGAGGCUGCGGCCGCCAUCAAGGAAAUGGAAGAGCAGGGCUUCUCCAUGAAUGCCUACACGAUGAGGAGCUUGCGCUACCUCCGUGAUCCGGAGCGUCUCUGGGUUGCCAUCGACGAACUGGAUGAAAGAGUCACCCAGGAAAGCUCUCAGCGGGUAACGCCGGAGCCGGAGCCGGAGCCCGAGUAUAGCAUCCCCGAGGACGAAAAAGCGAAAACAGCGCCGAUUGAUCGCGGAUUACAGAAGCUCGCACUCAAGUGA